CUCGAUUUAAUCUGAGGCGGACACUUCCCUGUGUUUCUUUGUUAGAAUAUUCUAAAAAAUUCAAUUAUAAAAGGACCUCUGCUAAUUCAGUAACACCCUGUCUAACAUAAAAUAUAACAUGAUGAUUUAUUAUUAUGAGAAAAUGCAUAUUACAUAUAUUGGAUACUUACUCUUUCAACCUUAAACUGCAAAGUUAAAAUCAUUUCCGUUUUAUUAAAGCAUUGACAGUCUCACAUAUUUCCAUUAGCUUACAAUUACAAAAUAGAUCAGUUAAUGUGAAGUAGUCAAUCGUAAUAUAUAAGCGCUUAAUCGAACCUUCUUUUAUAUUAUCGUAACAAAAGUUAUAUCAAUUUGAAGUGUUUCAAUAUCCACAUUGCUAAGUUUUUAUAUAUAUUCAUAUUUUAUAAAUUACUUUAAAAAUAUUUAGCAAAAUGACUGUUAAUCCAGCCGAGUCAAUUUCCACAUUUUACUCUGGGCAAAGUAUACUUUUGACAGGUGCGACAGGUUUUCUGGGUAAAGUGUUUUUUGAAAAAGUACUACGAUCUUGUCCAGAUGUUCGUGAAAUAUUUCUGUUGAUGCGUCCAAACAGAGAAUCAAAUAUUAACGAAAGGUUAAAAAAAAUAUUGAACUUACCGUUAUAUGAAAAACUAUGCAAAGAGCAAUCUUCGAAUUUUGAAAAAUUGGUGCCCAUUUUUGGCGACGUCAGUGAGAAAGGAUUAGGUUUAUCAGCUGCAGACAGGCAGAUGCUAGUUAAACGAGUAACCAUAAUAAUACAUGCAGCGGGGGAUGUAAAAUUUAGUAACAGUUUAAAAUAUGCUAUAUUCGCCAAUACCAGAUCAACAAGAGACGUCUGUAUUUUAGCUAAAGAUAUGAAGAAUUUAAUAGCUUUAGUGUAUGUUAGUACAGCAUAUACAAACGUGGAUAAAGAAUUCAUUGAAGAAAAAGUAUAUUCCCCUGUAGCUGAUUGGCAGAAAAUGAUUCAAAUGGCUGAAUCGUUGGACGAACAUAUUUUAAAUAUAUUUUCUGCUAAAUGUUUGGAUUAUAUUCCCAACACAUAUAUAUUUUCAAAAAAUCUAGCGGAAAGUAUAAUACAAGAUUAUUCUUCCUACUUACCUUGUGCAAUUGUUAGACCUUCUAUUGUGACGUCAACGCUAAUAGACCCAUUUCCAGGAUGGAUAGAUAACGUUUAUGGUCCAAUAGGACUUUUUAUUGCUGGCGGAAAAGGAAUAAUAAAAGUAGGCUAUUGUGAUAAAUAUGUUAGGGAAAAUGUAGUACCAGUAGAUAUUGUCAUCAAAACUAUAUUAACUGCAUCUUGGAAAGUAGGAUUGAACACUACUAGCUUUACAGCAAAUUCUACACCUUUUGUUAUAAACUGUGUAAGUCAGAAACACAUUACGUAUCAAGAGGGUAUAAAGUUAUUAUUCAGUGUACUAAAAGAAGUGCCUUUAGAAGGAAUCGUCUGGACUCCUCAUACAAUGUUGACCAAUAACUUUGUUUUAUUCUAUAUAUUAACGAUAUUAUGGCAUAUUCUACCAGCUAUAUUAAUAGAUCUGAUUUUAAAAUUUUCUGGACGUCAACCUAUGUUAAUAAAACUGCAAAGAAAAGUGUAUGUACUCAAUUGUGCUUUGUGUUAUUUUUCACUACAUGAAUGGAAAUUCGGUCAAAAAAAUUAUUUUUCUCUAUUGUCAUCAAUACCAACUAAUAACAGGAAUACAUUUUCUUUUGACUCUUCUUAUUUUGAUGUUAGAGAGUAUGCCAUAAAUUGUACCAUGGGUGCAAAAAGACAUAUUCUUCAUGAAGACUUAAAUCAACUGGAUGCAGUUAAAGCACGUAAUAAAAGAAUUUGUCUGUUGGUCACAGUGUUGAAAACUUUCAUCUCCAUUGGUAUGCUGUUGAUAAUAUAUAAGUGGAUUUACUCUUAAACAUUAUAAAAUUGUCCGAAACAUGGACGCUGCGAGCGGCUGAUAGGGGACGCGUGGAGGCCUUCGAAAUGUGGUGCUGGCGAAGGAUGCUGCGAAUUCCUUGGACAGCGAGAAGAACAAAUGCGUCCAUUUUGGCAGAGAUAAAUCCACCACAAAGACUGUCGAGUGUGGUGUACAGCCAAAUCCUCAAGUUUUUUGGGCAUGUAAAUCGCAGUAACAACAUCGAACGUCUGAUAGUUCAGGGAAAGCCAGAAGGAAAGAGGCGAAGGGGCCGCUCACCAACGCGCUGGACUGAUACAGUUACGCAACUGCUUGAUACCACCAAGGAAAAGGCGGUGAGAGCCAUCACUAGUAGAGACGGGUGGCGCACCACCAUCAAGAGAGUCAUUAGAACCAUGGAAGCACAAGCAUAGUCACCACGCAUCUGCCAAGAUGUAAAGGACUUAGAUGAUGAUGAUUAUAAAAUUGUACACUAUAUUAUAUUUAUAAAAAAAACUAUGUAAUUUAUUUUAUUCAAACAGAUAUAGUGAAUAAUUUUCAGAAAAAAAUAAAUUCUUUAACCAGAAAGUAUUUCUCUUUGUAAGAAUCAUAUUAUUAUAUUUUCAAAAUUACGGGAUAUUUUAAAAUUUAAUACUGAACAUUAUGCAUACAUGUGUAUGAUUAAAAUUUAUUAUUUUGUAAAUUCCUUAAAAAUUAUAUAGUAUAUACGUAUUUCGGAUGUUUAAUACAAGUAUCUUGCAGUUAUAUUAUACAUACAUAAUAAGUGUGUUUAUGUGUUACACUUGUUUAUGAAAAGAACUAAAUCUAUAUAAUAUACAGGGUGUAUAAAAAGUUUUGGACCCUUUGAUUAUUCUAAAAACUAAGUAUUUAAAAAAAAAUAUAUUUCAGAUAAAAGUUGUAGAGCAUAAAAUGGUGUAUUUACAUUUACACGUUACACUAUGGGUAAUGUUAAUACCAACAGUACUAACAUUUACGCCUCAUAACUCGGAAAGUAUUUAAGGAAAAUAAAUAUUGUUACAGUGUUUUGAAAAGCUCUUGAUAUCAGCUAUUAGAUUCUGGAAUCAAAAAUAAGGUAUUCCGUUUAAAAAAAUCUAUUUAAUUGACAUUUUCCAAGGUCAAACCAGUAUCAUCAAUAAAUUGAUCAUUUUAUGAUCGCCCUACAAAUUUUAUCUGAAAUAUUUUUUUCAAAAAUGGUUAGUUUUCCAAAUAAUCAAGGGAUCCGGGACUUUUUAUACACCCUAAAUAUCAUCUUAAUAUAAAAGAACUUAUUAUUCUUUAAACUUUUAAGAAUACUGUUAUUUGAUUAAUUUUACGCCAUUUCCUACAUUUAAUUUUCUUGUUUAAUUCAUUCAUUGCGCAUUGAUGAUAGGACUGUAAUUUUAAUAUUUUGCGAAUAAAAAUAAAGUUGUAAAAUGCCCUGUUCCCGAAAGGAAGGUCCAAAAUUAUUACUAGAAUGUUAUUUUCCAUAAGUUUUUUGCAAUGUUUAAAAUAUACUUAUUAGCAGUAGUAUCACAAGAUAUGCGUCUAAAUUAAUUAUCAAUUUAAUAUAUUAAUAUAUUACAUAGCACUGUUUCAGUUUAAUUAAAAAACUGUAGUUUAAAGUAACGGAAUUACAUAAGAAAUAUUAUUAAGCACUAAUCUUUUGCUUAAUCUUUUGCAUUCCUUAAUUCUUCUCUCCGUUUAAGGGCUUUAGACAGGGUAAAAGUUUGAAAAAAUCGAUUUUUCAGUUUUGGUAUAUUUUGAAAGAUAUAUGUCUCGAGAAUAUGUAUAUCAAGUUUCAAAGCGAAAUUCUGAAAGGUGACGAAGAUACAGCAAUUUUUUUGAAGCAGCGUUUGUGUCUGAACGGAGCGCACGGUGCGACGAGCGCGCAGAUAUAAAAUCGUAAAAUCGUACAGCAGCUUCCGUAUAAUGUACAGAAAAAAGAGUGUAUAAAUCAUGUACAAAAGAGGAUGGGAACCAGAUUGCGAAAUCGCAAAAAAAAUGAGAAGGGCCUCGAUGGUAAAGGCAAACUGACCGACAAUUUAAUAAAAGAUCUCACGCUGUAUUACGGUCUUGCAAUAAGGCGCAACAGUGAUUCCCUUCAAAACAUGAAGAAAGAUAUCUGGGCCAAUUUCUUCCACAAGUGCUCUACGGACGAAAAACCACAACAUGAUAAUUGCCCGACAGGAAAAGACUCAUGGUGCAAGUGGCAAAAAGCUUAUGCGCUUGGCAAUAUCAAUAAUUUUAAACACGAACCUGCGAUGCCAGAAGCUGUGUCCCAGGCAAUCAAACCGAUAUAUGAAGACCUCACUCGGGACGAUCUUUUAGAGCGCUGCUUAGGUGCAUUCAAUCAAAAUAAUAAUGAAAGUAUUAAUCAAAUUAUUUGGAAAAUUGCACCUAAGUCAGCUUUUAGUGGCACCUCUAUCGUUCAAAUUGCCGCCAAUGUCGCUACAAUAAUGUUUAACGAUGGUCAUGUAGCGCUCCUAGAUGUAUUGGAGCUUCUGAACAUCGAAAUUGGCCAAAUAUUAUACGAUUAUUGCCACCACACGGACGAAGAACGCAUCCGUAUCGCUGAGCGCCAAGCCUAUGAAAAUACGCGCGAAGGUCGCUUAUGCGUUACAACUUCUGCUGGCGUGAACACAGCAAAUUUGGAUGUAGAAGAGCUGUUAUAUGGCGCAGGGAUUGCCGAAUAAGAACAACGCAUAUGGUCGAUUUGCUGUCAACGCGGUAAAAAGAGCUACUUAAGAUUGCCUCUUGUAUAGCAGCCUUAACUAUAGUAAACGAGGCCAAAAAAAUUUUUUUAUAUACUCAAACAUUGAUACAAUAAAGUACUUAUAAAAAAAAUUACUUGACUUUAUUAUAUAUUUAAAAAAAAAUUCCCAAAAAUCGGUUUUUUUUUAGACCGUCUAACACCCUGUCUAAAGCCCUUAAUUGUGUUAAAGUUAUUUUGCCUUUGAUUUAUAGCUUUAAUUUCAUCUUCAAAUAAUUUCAUCUCUUUUUAUUAUCUUAUAUUUGCCAACUCGGAUGCAAUUAAACAUACUAUUUUUUUUUAUUAAUUUUACUUUAAUUGAAUUCAAACAUGAAAGAAAAUGCCAAGCCACGAAAUGUUUAUUAAAUGUUAUUAUUGCAAUGUUGUAGUAGUCAGAUGCGCGCGCGCAUUUAAUGCAGGAAAAUUAAAUGCAGGAAAUGGAAAAAAGAUAUCUGCUAAUAUGAUCAAAGAAAAAAGCUUUGUCUUCUUACACUGUCCAUGCGACCAUAGAAAAUGCGAUCUGACACACAUUUUGUACUGAUCAAAUAACUUUUGGAUAAUUGUGUAAGCGAACAUUCCAGUAAACAACUAUUUCUGCACUGAUAAAAAUUAUAUAAUUUAGAUAUACUUUGAUAUGUUGUAAAUGCAACAAAGCAAGAAUUAUGAAA